UGGCUACGAAAAGGGUGUAGGUAUAUAUAAUUCAUGGCAAAAAUUAUUCUGGCUGAUGACGAUUUUCAUGGCAGCUUGGAUUUUUCGUUCGAACUUAAAUUACACAAUUCAUAAAAAUAUACCAAGUACUUUUAUUUUGGCACCCAAUCUUAUGAUAAAUAGUUCUGGACUACGCGUAACUAACACUGACCCUAGAAAAGGUUUUAUGUUAUACGAAAUUAUUUUUGUCUCUGUUGUCAGUGUUACCAACGUGCCAUCGGUAAUGUGCAUAAAAUUGAUUUGCUCCACGUGUAACUCGCACAAGUCAAAUAACAACCCCUCUGAAGUAGGCUACAAGUAUACUGCCAUCAUUUCAGCUCAAUAUCGACCGUGUCUAUUUACGUCUAGUUCAUGCACUCGAAAGCCUGCCUUCAGAGCAGUAUCAUUUGAGCUAAAAAUAACAUUUCAACGAAUUUAAUGGUACACUGCUAAUAGCUAAUUAGGUUUAACAAGAAUAUUUUUAACAUACGAUACGUCAAAAUCAAAAUAUAGCAAGUACCUGGUGUAUUUUUAGACUAUAACUAA